AUGGCAGAUGGGGCGCAGGCCAACCCCAAAGGGUUCAGGAGGAAGGUGCUGGUUAGACGCCUCCCUGGGUGGAGGGGCCCAGGCCUCAGGGCCCCUUCUCCUGUGAGAACCUCCAGGUGCAGCCUGUGUCUGAAGAAACUCCUCGCCAUGGCCAUCCUGGCUGGCAGCGUUCUGUCCGCAGCCCACAGCAGUCUGCUCAACCUGAGGUCCAUGGUGGAAGCCAUCACAGGGAGAAACGCCAUCCUGUCCUUCGUGGGCUACGGCUGCUACUGCGGGCUGGGGGGGUGCGGCCACCCCAAGGAUGAGGUGGACUGGUGCUGCCAUGAACAUGACUGCUGCUACCAGAAGCUCUUUGACCAGGGCUGCCACCCCUACAUGGACCGCUACGACUACACCAUUGAGAAUGGCACUAUGAUAAUCUGCAGUGAGCUCAACAAUACAGAGUGUGGCAAGCAGACAUGCAAGUGUGACAAGAGCUUAGUUCUGUGCCUCAAGAGCCAGCCUUACCGGGAGGAGUACCGCGGCUACCUCAACAUCUACUGCCGGGGCCCCACACCCAGCUGCAGCAUCUACCAGCCGCCCCCCGAGGAGGCUGCCUGCAGACAGGGCGCCCCUCCCUAG